UCGCAUUAGCUGGUAGAAGUGUUGUCAUUUUUUAUCUUAGUUGUUUAUCGACCAUAAAUAAUCAAACUUCGUUGAAUAUGGCGCGAGACGGUUUGCCCAACAAGUAGAUUCCAGUCUAUUCACUGCUGGUAAUGUAAGCUGAAGUCUUUGUGGCACGCAGUCACCUCAGGCUCCAGCCCCUGUGAGAGAUGGAGGAGCUCUACACUUUAGAGAGGGAGGUAGGACGAGGCAGCUAUGGUGUGGUCUUUGAGGGCCAUAUGGCCAAAACAGGACAGAGGGUGGCUAUCAAGCGGCUGCCCUGUAGCAACCCGGAGUGCAUUGAACUCUACCUGCAAGAGCUGUGGGCCAUGAGAGCCACUGCCAAGAACCAUGUCAAUGUCAUUGCACUGCACAGCUGCCUCCUGCAGACCGGGCCGAGGAGCCUGAAGCCCCUAAAACCAGGGAAAGUGCCUCCACAUCUGGUCGAGAGCGUGCUGAAGGGCAGUGUAGCCAGAGCGGCACAAAGUCAGGAGAGGAAUGACACCCAGCGGAGGAGCAGCUCUGUCUCAAGACUUCAGGACAGGACUAAAUCAAGUGCAUUUGAUUCUACAACCCCACACAGGCCUCAGAACAAAGCCAGGAAGAGACCGGCCCCGAGGGAGGAAGAGCAGCCGCCGACACCCCUGCGCUGCUUCGCCCUGUGGCUGGUGAUGGAGUACUGUGAUGGGGGCGACUUGAAUCAGUACCUGCUCUCCGGGCCACCGGACUGCCAGCGUAACCACAGCGUGGUGCGACAGCUCUGCAGUGCCGUGGCCUUCCUGCAUAGUCUGGGUAUCACCCACCGAGACCUGAAGCCAGACAACGUGCUGGUCUGCAUGUCACAGAGGGGUCCAGUCGUCAAGGUGGCGGACUUCGGUCUGAGCAAGAUGAGUGAGGGUCCGGUGGACGGUGAGCUGACCAGACAGCACUUCUCCUCCACCUGCGGCUCUGACUUCUACAUGGCUCCAGAGGUGUGGGGCGGACUGACCUACACAGCCCAGGCAGACAUCUUCUCCCUGGGUGUGAUGUUCUGGGCCAUCCUGGAGAGGAUCACCUUUCUGGAAGAAGGGGCCACGCAGGAACAACUGGGUGCUUACGUGUGUCGGGGUCGCUGGUUGAUGCCGCUGGGGGAGGCUCUGUGGGAGAACGCUGACCUCCAGCUGUGCAUCCCCAUGAAGUUUAAGAGAGCGCCCCCGCUGCCCCCACCUCCCGGUCCCGCCAUGAGCUCCCUGCUUUUAGACCUGCUCGCCUCAAACCCGGACGCUCGUCCGCCAGCCGACCAGCUGGAGGCCAGACUGAGCUCCGCUCUCAAAGAGGACACCCACUGACAAAGUGCACAUAAGAGACCACAAUGGCUUUAACCGCCGAAGCCACCACAUGGAAAUAUUGACAGUGGACCCCUGACUGCGGUGCUUUCCUACAUGUGUAAGCGAUAGCCACUUUGCUGCCACGGGGAAGUGGGGGUAAGAAAUAUGUAUGAUUACAUGGGAUUGCAGGUGCUUUUCUUUUUGCUGAAACAGCUCAAUUUCCAAACUGUAGGAAACCACAUAAUGGGAAAAACACAAAACAUUCAAAGACAUUCAAGUCCAUAUCGAGAUCUAGUGGGACUCCGUCGAGCUGUGUUUGACGUAAGAGCCCUGAAUGCUCAACAUAGAACAUGUAUUUAAGCGUAUAAUUGUUGAAAGGUGUCAAUUUAUUAAUUUUUUCCCACUGAUAUUGUUUGUGUGUUUCCUCCAAAUAUGUUCUGUGUAAAUAAAUAAGGAGU